ACAAUGUCUGACUACAGGUCAUUUUCUCAAUCACCAUCUUUCUCCAUUGGUGAGCUCAUGAUGAAGUCUAGCCUGCACGUGAUUGGCUGAGCACUGAGCCUGACACCAAAUAAAAGCAUCAGUCCCAAAUCUAUAGCGAUUCAACCUGCAGCAAAGGUGACCACGUUGACUGACCCUUCCUGUGCACUGUUUGCUGAUUCAAUAACCAUGUGGACGUCUCUUCUCUGUCUUCUGCUGGCCGGUGCAGUGUCAGCUGCACCUCUUUCACCGUUUUUCAAUUAUCUCCCUCAUUAUGGCAGCCCGAGGCAGGGGAAUACUGGUGGCUUCCAGGGAAUGCCAUCACAGCCACAUCCUGCUAUGAAUGCUCCGAUCAGCAUGGAAAUCAUUUUCCCUCCGCGAUUCUCUGCUAAUCCAGCAGGAGGAGCAGCGGGAACAUCGUCAUUCCCCACACAAGCGUUCAUCAAGUACUCGCUCCCAAAAGUUCCCGGCAGAAAAAGCGUCGAAAUCUUUUACCCCUACGACUUCGGUAGAGCUCAGGACCAACCAAAUGUCCCCCUCAUACCUCAGCUUCCCAAUAUCUUCCCCUUCGACUUGAUGCCACAGACUGUUCCUCAACAGCCACCCGUGAACCCACCAUUCCAGGAUGGUCCUCCACAAACCCAAGAGCCUCAGCAGCAAACCCAACCAGAGCAACAGCAGCAGCAACAACAGGCUCAGACAGGACAGGUGUCUACCAGACCAUGAAACCUGACACAUCUGUGAAGUAAGAAAAAGACAUCAAGCAACAAGAGCGUGGAACAAUUUUUUUUCUUCUUGUUUUGUUGUUGUCUAAUGCUAAAUAGAAUUAGUAAAAAUGUUUCCUUGAAUAAUCAUUGAGCUGAUUUUGAUUUUUAACAUGUGAUGAUCUGCCCAUAACACAACUUCUGUAAUUGCAUGAUGUAUGGAUAAUUAAAAAUUAUAAUUAAACAAUCAUACCUUAAUUGAAUCUCAGAUGUCUCCUGUAUCA